GCGGACGGACUGCGAUCUUCCCUGCCGCAUUUAGAGUGCCGCUGCUGGGAGCUGGGAGUCUGGGGUGCCAGUUUCUGUCUCGACAUGCUGUCGGCCCAGUUUGCUGGCGCCGCGCCAGGAGCCGCGCAGUGCUCCGGCAGGGCAUCUCGUGCCGUCGUGAGGGCGGCCAGGGCUCGCAAGGCGGUCAAGGCACCGGGCUCGGGCGGCCGGGCGCCGCCGCCGUCUUUGGCGGCGCCGCCAUCGGCCACCGCACUAGAACUGGCGCCAUCUGCGCCAGCCAAGGCCGAGGAGCAGGCGCCGCUGGGGCUGGAGCGAGAGCUGGCAGACAAUGGCUUCCGCUCCACGCGGCGCACCAAGCUUGUGGCCACCAUCGGACCUGCCUGCGACAGCGCCGAGAUGCUGGAGCAGCUGGCGGUGGGGGGCAUGAACGUGGCGCGCCUCAACCUGGCGCACGGCGGCCACGACUACCACCGAGGCGUGGUGGAGCGCAUCCGCAAGCUGAACAAGGACAAGGGAUUCGCGGUGGCCAUCAUGAUGGACACGGAGGGCAGCGAGGUGCACAUCAUGGACCUGCCCAGCCCCAUCAAGGCGGAGAAGGGUGCCGAGUUCACCUUCACCGUGCGCGACGCCGCCACCUGCGCCGCCAACUGCUUUGCGGUCAGCUACGAUGCGUUUGCCGAGGACACGCAGCCCGGGGACAUGCUGAUUGUGGAUGGCGGCAUGGUGUCGCUGGAGGUGGUGGGCAAGGCGGGCCCAGACGUCAUUGCACGCGUGGUGGACCCCGGCCUCAUCCUGAGCCGCGCCAACCUCGUGUUCCGCCGCAUGGGCAAGACUGUGCGGGCCAGGAACGCCCACCUGCCCGUCAUCUCAGCCAAGGACUGGCGCGACAUCGACAUGGCCAUCGAGCAGGGCGUGGACUUCAUCGCCCUCUCCUUUGUCAAGAGCGCCGACUCCAUCCGCAACCUCAAGUCGUAUGUGGAGAGCCGCGCCUCGCGCCAGAUCUCCGUGGUCGCCAAGAUUGAGUCGUGUGAUGCUGUGCCCAACAUCGCCGAGAUAAUAGAGGUGGCGGAUGGCGUGAUGGUGGCUCGCGGCGAUCUGGGCGCGCAGGUGCCCUUUGAGCAGGUGCCCUCCAUUCAGAAGGAGAUUGUGAUGCGGUGCCGCCAGCAGGGCAAGCCCGUCAUCGUCGCCAGCCACCUGCUGGAGUCGAUGCACACGGUGCCCACGCCCACUCGGGCAGAGGUCAGCGACGUGGCGGACUGCGUGCGGCAGCGGGUGGAUGCGCUGGUGCUGUGCGGGGAGACGGCGGCGGGGGCUUACCCCCUGAAGAGCCUGGAGGUGCUGCGGGGUGUGGCCACCCGAAUCGAGGAGUGGGUGCGCGAGGAGAGGCACGGGCGGCUGACGCUGCCCCAGAUCUCCACCACCGCAGACGGCCUGGUGUCGGAGGAGCUGUGCGCUGCUGCGGCCAUGACGGCGGACGCGCUGCAGGCCCGCGCCGUGCUGUGCUUCACGCGCCGCGGCUACAUGGCCGGCUUCCUCAGCCGCUGCCGCCCCGACGCGCCCAUCUUCGCCUUCACCGACAAGCAGGAGACGCGGCAGAUGCUCAACCUGCUGUGGGGCGUGUCGCCGUUCCGAAUGGAGUUUGACGGCGCCGACGGCGAGCAGCGCAUCCACCGCGCAUUCAAGCUGCUCAAGACUCGCGGCCUGGCCAGCCCUGGCGAGCUGGUGGUGGUGGUGAGCGACGUGAGGCAAGACGUGGGCGGCGUGGAGGACACGAUCCGGUCUGUGCAGGUGCGCAGGGUCCUCUAGCCGGGCGCAAAGCGCUGCGGCCCGGCACCGUGUGCCGCUCGCCAUUUUCUCCACCCAUUUUCUCAGAGUGCCAUCACUGUGCAUGAUUGAUCUGUUGAUCCAUUGUUUGUUUUGCCAUUCCUGCGAUUUGUAAGUUCCCUCAACAAC